AUGCAAUUCUCCACCAUCUUCCUCUCCCUUCUUGCCGCUACAGCUGUUGUAGCAAAAGGCAACUCGACUAAACCCGUCACCGAUAAAUCCCUCUGCAAAGAAAUGAACAAGCUCGAGAAGCUCGUGGACCAAGCCCAAAACACGACCAAACUCGCCUCCAAAACCAACAACAACCAGACGAAAAUCGACAGUAUUAUGGCGAAAGCGAGCGCUGCCGCUGUGCAACUUGAUGCGAUGCAGGCGAAUACUACGUUGGUGUCGACUUGUGCUGUGAUUGAUGCGGCGCAGACGACGAAGAAGCAGUGUAAUAAGAUGGAAGACCUCCAAAAAACCAUCGCCACCGCCGCCAACAGCACCAAGCUCGCCGCGAAAACCAAAGGCAACGCCACAAAAGAAGCAGAAUACCAAGCCAAAGCCACGAAAGCGCAAACGAAACUCGCAGAGAUGACGAGCAAUACUACAUUGGUAGAUGCGUGCAGUGCGUUGCAGACGGAGAAGGAGGCCAAACAGGCGGAUACGACGACCACGAAUGCGGCGACUAGCUCUACGCCUGCGAGUGGUGCGGCGGGAUUGGUGGGUGCCAAGUUGGGAAGUUUGGUGGGCGCGGGUGUUUUGGUUGCGGUGGGGAUGAUUUUGUUGUAG